AUGGAAAAAUUCAACAACGAGAAAUUAAAACAUCAUCCUUCAACAGCAUCCCUCGAAAGAAAAGUUUCAUCUUUCAGACAACAAAUAUGGAUGGGAAUACCAAUUCGUAAUACGGAAAAUGGCAUGACUGUUAUCAAUAAUGAUUUUGGAAAAGUACCAUUGAGUUGGGGUAUAUCUAGCCUCGCUUUAACCAGUUGUAAUUCCAAGAGUGAAAUAUUCCUAAGGUCAAUAAACGAGCAAACAAUAUCAAAAUAUAAGAAAGAUGUCGGAGAUAAUAAUAGUAAAGAUGAGAAAGUCAAAGAAACGAAAAAGGAACGUUCACGAUUGAAAUGGGAAAUGACUGUGAAUUUAAAUUCAACCAUCAAAGACAACAACGGUAAUAAUAAAAAUUCAUUUCUAUCCAUUAAAGCUGAUUCUUUAAAAUUGUUUACGAGUAAUACACCGACAAAAAAAGAACGAAGGCAACAAAAAUUAGAAACGCAAAUAAAGUCGCAUCAUCAAAACGUAGCAACGACCGAAAGAAUAAUUGCUAGAAACAAAAUAACUAAAAUUCGUACGAUACAACAACUGAAAUCAUUCGCGAUACCUGUGUCCGAUAGUUCCAAUUCGGAGGAAUGUUUGAACAAUAUGAAUAAAUUGAAGAAUGGAAAUGGAAAACAGAAAAAAAAGAAACAAUUAAAAAAAACAAAAAUAAUACCUAAUUCUAUAAGUACGAGAACUGGUAAUAAAAAGCGUGCUGCUAGUGCUAAAAUAGUGAAGAAAUUUAUUUCGUAAAACGAUUAUAUUAUUUUUCAUUAACGUCUACUGAUUACUAUGCUCAAAAUGUUCCGUUGAUUACAUAAUAACGCAAUGUACUAUAUAUAUAACACUCUACGUACGUAUAUAUGAAUGUUUGAAUAUACAUAUUUGU